CAACGGUCAAGAUUCACUCAGGAAGAGCUAAAGGUAACGUUAAAAGCACCCUCUCUCUCAAGGAGAUAAACCUACUACUCGCUUCAGCUGCUCCCCAGUUUCUUAUCCGUGGUGCUUCUCCUCCUCUUCGCUUCACUUCUCUUGAAAAGAUGGCAUCAACCUUCACUGCAACGUCUUCCAUUGGCUCCAUGGUUGCUCCAAAUGCCCACAAAACGGAUAAGAAGCUUAUGAACAAGUUGUCUUCAAGCUCUUUCGGGAGGAGGCAGAACGUGUUCCCCAAGCUCAGAAGAUCCAGUCCUGCAGUUGUAUGUGCAGCCAAGGAGUUACAUUUCAACAAAGACGGGACUACCAUCAGGAAGCUUCAAGCUGGUGUCAACAAGCUUGCAGACCUUGUUGGUGUGACACUUGGACCUAAAGGGCGAAACGUUGUUCUUGAGAGCAAGUAUGGAUCACCAAGAAUUGUUAAUGAUGGUGUGACUGUUGCUAGGGAGGUUGAAUUGGAAGACCCUGUUGAGAACAUUGGUGCCAAACUUGUUAGGCAAGCAGCUGCCAAGACCAAUGAUCUGGCCGGUGAUGGUACCACAACAUCUGUGGUUCUUGCACAAGGUUUUAUUGCUGAGGGUGUCAAGGUGGUGGCUGCUGGUGCAAACCCUGUAUUGAUCACUAGAGGCAUUGAGAAGACAGCAAAGGCUUUGGUAGCCGAGCUCAAGAAAAUGUCUAAGGAGGUUGAAGACAGUGAGCUUGCAGAUGUGGCAGCCGUUAGUGCCGGUAACAAUGCAGAAAUUGGAAGCAUGAUUGCUGAAGCAAUGAGCAGAGUGGGCAGGAAGGGUGUGGUGACACUUGAGGAAGGCAAAAGUGCAGAGAACGCUCUCUACGUGGUAGAAGGAAUGCAAUUUGAUCGAGGUUAUGUCUCUCCUUACUUUGUGACAGACAGCGAGAAAAUGUCAGUUGAGUUUGACAAUUGCAAGUUGCUUCUUGUUGACAAGAAAAUUACCAAUGCAAGGGAUCUUGUUGGUGUUCUGGAGGAUGCAAUUAGAGGAGGAUACCCAAUUUUAAUAAUUGCGGAAGACAUUGAGCAGGAGGCUUUAGCGACCCUUGUUGUUAACAAGCUUAGAGGCACACUGAAGAUUGCAGCUCUCAAAGCUCCAGGAUUUGGAGAGCGCAAGAGCCAAUACCUUGAUGAUAUUGCCAUCCUCACUGGAGCGACUGUGAUUCGUGAGGAAGUUGGUCUUUCACUUGACAAAGCUGGAAAAGAGGUUCUUGGACAUGCAGCAAAGGUUGUCCUCACUAAGGAGACUUCGACCAUUGUGGGUGAUGGGAGCACACAGGACGCAGUGCAAAAGCGUGUUACACAAAUUAAGAACCUUAUUGAGCAAGCAGAGCAAGACUAUGAGAAGGAAAAACUGAAUGAGAGAAUUGCAAAGCUCUCUGGUGGAGUUGCUGUGAUUCAGGUCGGAGCACAAACUGAGACAGAACUCAAAGAGAAGAAACUGAGAGUUGAAGAUGCUCUUAAUGCUACAAAGGCUGCUGUUGAGGAAGGAAUUGUGGUUGGUGGUGGUUGUACUCUGCUUCGUCUUGCUUCCAAGGUGGAUGCCAUUAAAGCCGCCCUUGACAAUGAUGAAGAAAAGGUUGGAGCGGAUAUCGUGAAAAGAGCACUGAGUUACCCUCUGAAACUGAUUGCCAAGAAUGCAGGAGUCAAUGGAAGCGUUGUUAGCGAGAAGGUGCUUUCUAACGAUAACGUGAAGUUCGGUUACAAUGCUGCAACCGGCAAGUACGAGGAUCUAAUGGCUGCAGGAAUCAUCGAUCCAACUAAGGUUGUGAGAUGUUGCUUGGAACAUGCAGCUUCGGUUGCAAAGACAUUCUUGAUGUCUGACUGUGUCGUUGUUGAGAUCAAGGAGCCUGAGCCACUUCCCGUAGGCAACCCAAUGGACAACUCAGGUUAUGGAUACUGAGGAGAUGCGGGAAUAAAGUAACUCUGCCGGAAAUUGAUUCCUUUUAGCUUUUGUAAUAGAUGAGCAAGUUGUAUUGAUUUUGAACAAAAGAAUGUGUGCUCUGUACUGAAAUUUUGAACCAAUCGUAUGAAUAAAUCAUGAUUCCUUAGUAAUUCAAAGUUACAAACCA